AUAUACAAUGGAUAUUCAUAAUAGAAUAGCUAGAUUACAACAGGUUAUGAGCCAAUUCGCUCUCACUUGCCCUAGAGAUGAGAGCUUGAAGCUUUCUUCGUCUAUGAACUAUCCUAAAUGGAACAGUUACACUGGUAUGCUCGUUGCCACUCAAGGUGCUGGCCUUGACGUUUAUUUUACAACUGGAGAUAUGAUGUUACCUCCAGCUGAACCGAUAGACGACACUCUAGUUAUGCAGCUCCAAGUUGCAUUGAACAAUGCGAUUCAAGUUGUACUGUUGAAUACUGUGUCGUCAAAAGUGUU